AUGCAGCUUCAGACAGCCCCGACCCGGUCCCGGACCCGGCCCAACUGCCAGGGCGGCAGCGGACCGACCCCCCGGAGCAAGCGGCCCGCUCCCGCACUGGGUCCCCGCCAGCCCGCGAAGGGACAGCCCGGCCGGACGCCGGGGCUCCGCUCCGCCCGGAGCCGGCGCACGCACACGGGCACCCGGCGUCGACCGGCGCCGACGGAGCGCUCCCCGCGCCGCCGCUCACCUGCCGCCCCGCCCGCGCGUCCCGGCGGCCGAGCGGCCCGAGCAGGGCGCGCGGGACGAGGCCCGGCGCCGACGCCCGCCGCGGGGCUCCGGCACUCACCGGGCGGCCGCGAAGGCAGGUGCGCGGCGGCGGGCUACCUGUGGCCGGUGAGACCGGAGGGCGGGCAGGAGGGUGCGAGGGAGAGCGAAGAGGGCGACGACCCACAAGGCGGGCGGCGGAGACCAGGCUGGGCUCGCUUCCUGCUCGGACCGACGACGGGUCCUUCUCCGCCGGCCGGCCGGCGCCCCGCAGAGCCCCCGGGCCCGCGCACAACGGCAUCUUUGGCGGCGGCCGUGGUUUGCAACCCCUGGGAGCCGAUGCUUUGGGCCAGGCGCGGUGACUGUGCGGGGUGGCCCAGCGAGGCGCAGGGAGCCCGGCGUGGCAGGGAGCGCGAUGCGGGGGCUCUCGGGGGCCGGUGGGCGCGCAGAGAGAGAGCACGCUCCUGCACAGCAGGCCAGUCCGCUUUGGGAACAUGGCUCUGA